AUGCCCAUUCUCACCAUCAGCCCACACAAGUCACAGCCAACCCCGGAGUUCUGGUCAGCCCUCACAGCCCACAAGCUCGACCAUCUCAAGCUUGACGACUCGUUCGUGCCGAUUCAUGGUUAUCUCGAGCAGGGCAAGCGCGUGGUCAUCGAUAGAAAUGCUUCGCAGGAGAGUGAUGACAAUAGAGUGGGGAUAGAUGGGAGUGCUGUGCUGGGUGGGGAUGCGUUUGUGGCUGGGGAGAAAUCACUCCCCAACACCAUGCCCAUGCGAGGGACUUUGAAGCUAUUCAACACCAUUGAAGAGUUCAGUAGUACCGACCUGAAGAAGAAGGUCUUCCAUGAAGUCGUCCAACAGAUGCUGCAAUCAUUCGACACUGAUACACCCCUCUUGAACACUUUUCUCCUCGUCACCUUUGCCGAUCUGAAAAAGUACAAGUACCACUACUGGUUUGCGUUCCCCGGUUUUGUCGCCAGUCCGCCGUGGAACUUGAAUGGGGAUCUGAGCCCUGCAAACGCCGAGGAAAUCGAAGAAAUACGGGCUCUGAGCUCGAAGCUCGACAACCAAGAAGCGUACAUUGUCAGGGGAUCCACUGGGCAGCGUCAAGUAGCGCCGUUAACGUCUUGUUCUGCAUUCUUUGACCAAGGUGAACAGCAUCAGGUCACCAUCGCCUUCCACGACCCCUCCUCAUCCCCCUCUUCCCCCGGCUGGCCUAUCCGCAACUACCUCUUCUACCUCAACGUCAAACACAACGUACACACUGCCCGUAUCAUCUGCCUGCGGGAAGGCGGCUCCAGUCUUGAAGGUAUCGUAAACCUUGACAAGACUCAGAAUGCGCAGGAAGCAAAGGCAGUGGGGUGGGAGGUGAAUAAGGCAGGGAAGUUGGGGAGUCGGGUGGCGGAUUUGGGACCUUUGUUGGAUCCUGCUAGGCUCGCGGCUCAAGCUGUCGAUCUCAACCUCAAGCUCAUCAAAUGGCGUAUCAUGCCGUCUUUGAACCUCGACAAGAUCUCGCAGACCAAGUGUCUUUUGUUAGGCGCCGGAACGCUGGGAUGUUAUGUUGCACGUGUUCUUAUGGGCUGGGGUGUCCGAAACAUAACAUUCGUUGACUCCUCCACCGUCUCCUACUCCAACCCCGUCCGCCAACCGCUCUUCACCUUCACCGACUCCCUCUCCAACGGCAAACCCAAAGCCCAAUGCGCCGCCGACGCCCUCAAAUCCAUCUUUCCCGGUGUCAACGCCCAAGCGCACGCCUUUUCCAUCCCCAUGCCAGGCCAUCCGCCGGGAAAAACGGUGGGGGAGGAUGUGGAGCGGUUGGAGGGGUUGGUGAGGGACAGUGAUGCGGUUUUUUUGUUGAUGGAUUCGAGAGAGUCGAGGUGGUUGCCGACGGUGAUGGGGGCGAGGGAAGGGAAAGUUGUUAUUAAUGCUGCGCUGGGGUUUGAUGGGUAUCUUGUUAUGAGGCAUGGUGCUGGGGUUGAUGCUGCGCGAGAGGGGGCGGGAGGGAAGAGGUUGGGAUGUUACUAUUGUAACGACGUUGUCGCUCCUGCCGAUUCGUUGAAGGAUAGGACGCUUGACCAGAUGUGUACCGUCACUCGCCCGGGGGUGGCGCCUAUAGCAGCAGCGAUGGCUGUCGAGCUGCUCGUCUCGCUUUUGCAACAUCCUCUCGGCAUCAACGCCCCAGCAGACUCCUCCACAUCCUCCACAAUCGAUACCCCCUCCCCACUCGGGCUGGUACCGCACCAGUUGAGGGGCACCUUGCAUGAUUGGAAGACGCAUUUGGUGGAGGGAGCUGCUUAUGAUAGGUGUACUGGGUGUAGUAAGACUAUUGUCGAAAAGUACAAAUCCGAAGGCCUCCCCUUCCUCCUCUCCGUCUUCAACAAUGCGAAUGUGCUCGAGCAAGUUACGGGGUUGGACAAGUUGCAAGAGGAGGGAGAGAGGAUGAUGGAGGAGAUGGGGUUGGGGAGCGAUGAUGAGGAUGGGGAUGACUUUUAG